UCCUUUCUCCUUGUUUUCUUUCCCAUUUCAUUACAAUGGUGCCCUUUUUCCUCUUCAUUUUCUUCUACUUCACGACCCUUUUCCCCUCUCCACUCGCCGUCGCCGACCUCACUACUUGCUCCGGCAUAGUUCCCAUGAAGUACCGGAACGACAAGAUUUCCAUUACCGACUUUGGAGGAAUCGGCGAUGGCCGAACAUUGAACACCAGAGCCUUUCGAGCUGCGAUUUAUCGGAUUCAGCAUUUGAGAAGAAGAGGGGGUACUUUACUUUACAUUCCUCCAGGGGUUUACUUGACGGAGAGCUUCAAUCUAACUAGCCAUAUGACUCUGUAUCUUGCUAAAGGCGCUGUUAUCAGAGCUGUUCAGGAUUCUUCAAAUUGGCCUGUAAUAGCUCCAUUGCCAUCUUAUGGAAGAGGGAGGGAGCGCCCUGGAGGAAGAUAUGUAAGCUUUAUCCAUGGAGAUGGUGUUCAUGAUGUAGUGAUCACUGGUGAGAAUGGGACUAUUGAUGGCCAAGGUGAUGCCUGGUGGAAUAUGUGGAGGACUGGAACUUUGAAGUUCACUAGGCCUAAUCUUGUUGAGUUUAUCAAUUCUUAUAAUAUCAUCAUUUCCAAUGUAAUGUUCCUGAAUUCCCCGUUUUGGAACAUUCAUCCUGUUUACUGCACAAACGUUGUUGUCAGAUAUGUCACGAUAUUGGCUCCUCGUGAUUCCCCCAACACCGAUGGAGUCGAUCCAGAUUCAAGCAAUAACGUUUGCAUAGAAGAUUCCUACAUUUCAACUGGAGAUGAUCUUGUAGCUGUGAAGAGUGGGUGGGAUGAAUAUGGCAUCGCUUAUGGUCGCAGUAGUUACGACAUUACUAUCCGAAGAGUUUCAGGGUCUAGUCCCUUUGCUGGAGUUGCAGUAGGAAGUGAAACUUCCGGUGGAGUGGAAAAUGUAUUGGCAGAACACCUGAACUUUUACGACAUGGGAGUUGGUAUCAACAUCAAGACAAACAUCGGAAGGGGAGGAUUCAUAAGGAACAUAACAGUGUCCAAUGUCUACAUGGAGAGUUCAAGAAAGGGUCUAAAGAUUGCUGGUGAUACUGGAGAUCAUCCCGACGACAAGUAUGACCCGAAUGCUCUUCCGAUUGUCAAAGACAUCACAAUUAAAAAUGUUUGGGGCGAGAACGUACAGCAAGCAGGUUCUAUAUAUGGCUUGAGGAACUCUCCAUUUACUGGUAUAUGUCUUUCGAACAUCAACCUUCGUGGUGCGAGAAGGCCGAGAUCAGUACCGUGGACUUGCUCGUAUGUAAGUGGUGCAGCCCUUUUGGUUAGUCCAUGGCCGUGCUCGGAGCUCACCAGCACACAGCAAGAUGGUUUGUGCUCUGAUAACUUCUAAAUACAUGUACUUUGUAUAUUUUGUUCUUUAAACUUGUGAAAUUUUCACUCUCAGUUUGUAGCAUCUAUAUUUCAUUUGCCUGGCAAGUGUUUAUGGUGUUCAAUAUCAUAAUGGAAGUAUUGAAUUUAUUAAUUAUGAAA